AGCCCGAACAAUUGCAAGCUGUCGGCCAGCCCUUUCCCAUGAUCACCCGUCGCCCAACGCUGCUGCCAGUACUGUGUUUGGCCUUGAUGCGAGGAAUGCCGACGGCGACGAUCUACUCGGGCAUCCUAGGGCCCUUGCUGGGCCGAUCAGUUCUCCGGCCACCGCCCCGCACCACGCGGACACCACCAGCUGAGCCACCUCCAGUGCCCGCAGAGCACCCGGCAGAGCCUGCAGAGGAUCCACAUGUGAGACGUUUGGUGGAAAAUGUGGAGACCUCAAGACAUCCACAGUCGGUGGCGCCUUCACCCAGCUACGACCUGCUGGUGCUCGGCGCCGGCGUGGCGGGUCUCAUCAGCUGCAUCGUCGGCCGGCAGCUGGGGCGUAGCGUGGCGCUGGUGGAGCCGCACUACAUGGGUGGAGACUGCCUGAACACCGGGUGUGUCCCUUCCAAAGCGUUGAUCGCAGCUGCCAAGGAAGCACAUCAAAGCGCUCCGAACACAGAGUCGGCGGCUGCUCAGUUCGUCGCCGCCAUGAGCCGUUUGCGGCGCAUCCGCGCGGAGAUCUCAGAGCACGACUCGGUGCAGCGCUACAGCACGGAGGUUGGAGUGGACGUGAUCUCCAGCCGCGCGCGCUUCGCCAGCCGACGCGAAGUCGUCCUGGAGGAUGGCAGCAAGCUGCAGUUCCGGAAGUGCAUCCUGGGGACUGGAGCAGCGGCUCGGAUACCAAAGGUCUUGGAGGGCAUUCCGCACUUGACGAAUUCCAACCUGUGGAACUUGCGGGCCUUGCCACCAAGCUUGAUCGUUCUGGGGGCAGGACCUAUUGGACUGGAACUGGCUCAAGCACUUCAGCGUUUGGGGAGCCAAGUGACCGUCGUCGUGGGCUCCUCUGGAAAGAUCAUGGGCAAAGAAGAGGAGGCUGCAGCUGACAUUGUCAAGAAGAGUAUGGAAGCCGAUGGUGUGAAGUUUGUCAGCAGCAAAAUCCAGACGAUCACUUGUAGCUCCAACAGCGAGUCUGAGUUGUAUGAUGAGCCCUUCGUUACCUACAGGCUCAAGCUCGUGGACGACGUCGUUUUGGAUGCGUCCGCCUUGCUGAACGCCACUGGUCGAGUGGCCCGCACUGCGGGGCUCGACUUGGAGAAAGCCGGCAUCCAUGGAUCGGCAGAGCUCGAAGUCAAUGAAUGGCUUCAGACCAGCAACGAGGACGUCUUCGCCGCUGGGGACUGCCUUCCCGGGGCGCAGCGAUUCACUCACGCGGCGGAAUGGCAAGCACGGGUCGCUGUGCGGAAUGCUCUCCUGGAUGAGCGCAUGGAUGCAAGAAGGUUGUUGGUCCCUCGAGCCACCUACACCGACCCGGAGGUAGCCUCGGUGGGGUCUUCGGCCCAGGAGCUGCGGGAUGCAGGCAAGGACUUCACCACCUUCAUGCGGCAAGCUGGAGACGUAGAUCGCAACGUUUGUGAUGGAGUCUCCGGCGGAUAUGCCUCCCUUCAUGUGGCACCAGAUGGCGAAAUCUUGGGUGCAACGGUGGUGGGCCGCAAUGCCGGUGAUCACAUCUCGGAGGUGACGCUAUGUAUGCAGCAUGGUUUGACUGCUGCAGAACUGGCAGGAACCAUGCAUCCAUAUCCCACGGCUGCCGAAGUGGUCCGUCAAGCUGCCCAGGCCUUUGUGCGAAGUCGGAUCUUUGACGCGCAGAAUCAGGAGACGCUGAAGAGGAACAGCGAAGCUUGUGAUUGGGUGCGUUCUGAGUGGAAGAAUGGCUUGCACAUCAUCAGCUUGGAUCGUCCCAAGGCUCUCAAUGCCUGCAACCAGGCCAUGGCCAAGUGCAUCGCCGAAGCCGCAGCACGACCGGCCUCCGCCGUGCUGUUGCGGGGCGACGGCGGGCGGGCCUUCUGCGCUGGCGGCGAUGUGAAAGGCGUCGCCUUGGCCAUCCAAGCGGAUCCACAAAGUUCAGCAGGUCAGGUGCAAGUAGCACAUGAAUACAACGCAGUGGCUCAGCUCAGUGCAAAACGAGAAGAUGGAGUUCCAGUGAUUUGCUUCAUGGAUGGUAUUUGCAUGGGAUUCGGCUUGGGCCUCGCCUGUGCGGCGGAGUUUCGCAUCGUCACCGAGACGUCGCUUUUGGCCAUGCCCGAGUGCAACAUUGGCAUCACCCCCGACGUGGGAUUUGCGGCCACAGCUGCCAGCAUCACGCCAGGGGUAGGGAAGUGCAUGUCUCUCACCGGCUGGAGACUCACAGGGAAGGAGGCGGUCACCUACGGCUUGGCGACGCAUUUCAUUCCAUCGGAGAGGUUGCCAUCAGUGACUGAACACCUGGAGAGUAUUGAUUGGACCUCUCGCAAAGUACGAGAGGACGUCUUGGAGCUGCUUCAGCGAGAAGCAAUACCUGUGGAAAGUUCAGGAAGACCUGAUAUUGAGCGCAUCUUGGAGGAGGUCUUCGUGCCCUCUUCCACGGCGCGCGAGGCCUUCCGGCGGCUGACGCGGCUGUACGCCGAGGAGGAGGAGGAGGAGGAGACCCAGAGUUGGGUCCAGGAGCGUUUAGAAGGCAUGGGUGAGGGCAGCUGCUUGUGCCAGGAGGUGAUCAUGAGGCUUCUGGAGAUGGCGGAGUUUUCCGCUAAAGCCGGCAAGACGCGGCAUGCGCGCUUGAUGGAGGCGUUGAGCCACGACUUCGCCAGUCUCAGCCGCCUCUUCGGACGCCCCGACUUCUGCGAGGGCGUCCGGGCUGCGCUCAUCGAGAAGGACAAGAGCCCCAAGUGGCAGAAUGCAACGCUGGCGGAAGUAGAUCCGGCGGAGGUGUACCGGGUUUUGGCACCCUUGCCACCAGCAGAGGCGCUGAGCUUUGGAUGACCAGACACCGGUGGUCGAUUUGGAGAGUCACCUGGACGAGCUAAGAAGUUCUACGACCCUGUCCCUCAACUGAUGCAGCAAGGCAGCACUGACCAUGGCACUGAGGCAUCCACGGAUUGAAACAAACUCCGCCCACUUAGGUCUCACAAGGUUCGCACAUCCAUGCUGGAAAGCGGCCGGAGAAAGGGUAUUUGCAUUCGGUGUGUUGGGUGGCUUAGGACUUUUCAAACGUUGCUGCGUCUAUCAAAGCAAAAGGAUUGGCUUGCAGAGUGGAACUGAAGCCGCAUAUCAUAUGGUGGUGAAGCGUGUAGUGCAACAUGUGACGAGGGCUGACGUUCAGCAUGUUCGGCCAACAGAACACCCUCAAAAUCCAUCAAACACUUUCAUGGCCAGCCUUGGCACAGCGAGAAAGUGGCAGCUGCAAUCGGGG